ACGGUUAUGUUAAGUUUGGUUUGAGUUUGUAUUGCGGUUCCCUGAGUAGCGAGACUGCAGUUGGGACGAAAUGCGGUUUCAAAAGUGAAAGUGAAGCUUCUUGUCUGAGGGUCGUGUAGGCUAUGUUUUUAAUACUUCCACACUUUUGCGUUUCUUUUAGCUCAAAUAGGAUACCAUACGAAUCUUUAGGUAAACAAAAUGGCAUCUGUCCUAGAGCAACUUGUGGAAACACUGGAUGAGCUUGACGAAGGGAAACUUAAGAGGUUCAAGUGGUAUUUAAAACAAAAUAAAGCAAUUUCAGCUUAUGAACUGGAGAAUGCAGAUGUCACUGACACAGUGGAUAAGAUGGUGGAGAGUUUUGGACUAGAAGGAGCAGUAAAGAUCACACAGGAUAUCCUAAAGAAGAUGAAACACCUCCAGCUAGCUGAACAAUUAGAGAGGAACGAAGCACACAAUGCUGAGGUUCAGGUUAGAAGCUCUUCUCAAACUGGAGUUUGUGUUGAUGCCAGAGGUAAAAUGGGUGCAACUGUAAAUACUCCUGUAGUCGCUGGUAAUGUUAUCUCAGGAUCAGUAACCAUCAACCUCAUCACAAACACUCCUGAAGUCGGGCUACAAAACCCCUCACUGGAUGAGACAUCCGGGAAUCAUGCAGUAAAACAAAUGGAAGAUGUCUUGAAACAGCACAAAUCCAACAUGAAGGAGAAAACAGAACACAUUUUUGAGGGCAAAAAAGAAAACAAAACAGAGCUCAAGAAAGUGUUCACAGAGCUGUUUAUAGCCGAAGGGGAUAUAUCAGAUGUUAAUAACGAACAUGAGAUUAUACAAGUGGACAGGGCUUUCAAAACCCCCAAAUUUAAGGACACACCAAUCGAUUGCAAUGACAUCUUCUAUUUACUGAGACAAAAGAAAAGGGAAAACAUUGUGCUCACCAAAGGCAUCGCUGGCAUUGGAAAAACCUUCUCUGUGCACAAGUUCAUUCUGGACUGGGCUGAGGGAUGCGCCAAUCAGGAUGUAGAUGCAAUGUUCCUGUUUCCAUUCAGAGAGAUCAACUUGAUCAAAGAUAAACAGAUCAGUUUUCAUGAGUUUAUGCUUGAAUUUUAUCCCGAACUCGAAGGACUAAAGAAUGAAGAGUUAUAUAAAAGUUGUUCGCUUGCUUUUGUUUUUGACGGACUUGAUGAGAGUCGCCUUCCACUGAAUUUCAACUGCAGUCCAUUGACCUGUGUUAAUACAAAAUCAUCUGUUGAUGCCUUAUUUACAAACUUAGUUAAAGGUCAUCUGCUUCCAUCAGCUAUCAUCUGGAUAACAUCAAGACCAGCAGCAGCCAAUCAGCUGCCUCCUGAUUGUGUAGGUUUGUUCACAGAGGUGCGAGGAUUCAAUGACCGGCAGAAGGAGGAAUACUUUAGAAAGAGAAUCAAAGAUGAAACUCAAGCCUCUGAAAUUAUCAAACACAUUAAGACGUCCCGUAGUCUUUACAUCAUGUGCCACAUUCCUGUCUUCUGUUGGAUUGCGGCCACUGUACUUCAUAAAAUUCUCAUCGAGAACAAUGGGGAGGACAUUCCCACAACCCUCACUGAAAUGUACAUUCACUUCUUGCUGAUUCAGAUGAACAUGAAGAACCAAAAGUAUGAAGAAAAACAUGAAAGGGACCUUCCAAAGCUGCUGGGCACAAACAAGGACAUGAUUGUCAAGUUGGCCAAACUAGCAUUCGACCAGCUGAAGAAAGAAAAUAUCAUGUUCUACGAAGACGAUCUGCAAGAAUGUGGCAUUGAUGUAAGUGAAGACUCUGAGAACACGGGAAUGAUCGCCGAGAUCUUUAAGAAAGUCUCUGUGCUUCAUGAGAUGAAGGUUUAUUACUUUGUACAUCUGAGUGUCCAAGAGUUUCUUGCUGCACUUCACGUGUUCCUCUGCUACCAAAGCAACAAUAUGGACGAGCUCAGUUUGUUCCUUGGGAAAUCACAUCCAAGCAAUAAAGACCUGUUGUAUGUUUUGUUGAGGAAAGCCAUUGAUUAUGCACGGGAAAAUGAUAGGGGACAUUUUGAUCUCUUCCUUCGGUUCUUGCUGGGAAUUUCUCUCGAGUCUAAUCAAAAACUCCUCACAGGCUUGGUGGUCCACAAGGAGGACGGUAAAAAGUGCAUCGCGAAAACAAUCCAGUACAUCAAGCAACUGCAGAACAACGACAAGUGCCCAGAUAAAUCCAUCAAUCACUUUUUCUGCAUCCUCGAGCUGCAGGACAGAUCUCUGUACCAUCAGAUCAGGAACUAUCUGAGUUCAGAAUCGGGCCAAAAGAGGGAGAUAUCCGCCUCAAACUGCUCAGCACUCGUCUAUGUGCUUAUGAUGUCAGAGGAAGUGCUGGAUGACUUUGACGCAAAGAAGUUUAACAUGACAUACGCGGGACGAAGGAGACUGGUGCCAGUAGUGAGAUGUUGCAAAAGAGCUCUGUUUUCAGACUGUGGACUGACAGAAACAUGCUGUGAAACGGUGGCUUCUGCUCUUCAGAUAGAAAACUGUCCUCUGACAGAGCUCGACCUGAGUGAUAACUUCAGCAUUGAUGCUGGGGUGAAGCUGCUCUCUGCUGGACUAAAGAGCUUACAUUGUAAAUUAGAGAUACUGAGGUUGGGCCAGUGUCAUCUGGGCCAGGACAGCUGUAUAGAGCUGGUGUCUGCUCUUAAAGGUAUCUCACAUCGUCUAAGAGAGCUUGAUUUGAGCGGCAAUGACCUGCAGGACUCUGGACUCCAGCAGUUCUUACAUGGAAUGGAAAAUACGGAGAGAAAGCUUGAAGCUCUGAAACUGAGCUGGUGUAAUCUCACUGAUAAAAGUUGUGAGAUGCUCUCCUCAAUUCUCACCUCAAACUCACCUGUGAGAGAUCUGGACGUGAGUAACAAUGACCUGCAGGAUUCAGGAGUGAAGCUCAUCUCUGAGGCUCUCAAGAGUCCAAACUGUAAACUAGAAAUACUGAGAUUAUCAGGUUGUAUGGUGACAGAUGAAGGUUGUUGUUAUUUGGCUUCAGCUCUGAGUUCAAACCCAUCAUCACACCUGAGAGAGCUGGAUCUGAGCUACAAUCACACACAAGAUUCAGGACAUCAGAUGCUCUCUCAGAAACUCAACAAACUUAUAACUGAACCUCGGGGUGAGUGUUUCAUUAAGUCAGGGAUAAGAAAGUAUGCUUGCGAUCUCACGCUGGAUCCAGAUACAGCACACGUUAAACUGUGUCUCUCUCCCGGAGACAGAAGUGUGACUCACACCAAUCAGAAACAGCCGUACCCCGAUCAUCCAGACAGAUUUGAGUCUUAUCCUCAGGUUUUGUGUAGAGAGAGUCUGACUGGACGCUGCUAUUGGGAGGCUGAAUGGAGCGGUCCAGAGGGGACUUUAGGGGUGACCUACAAACACAUUCUCAGGAAAAAGGAUGACCUUGGUAUGGUGGAGGCAACCGCUGAUCUCGGAAACAAUGAAGUUUCAUGGAAACUGACCUGUGGAGUGAGAUCAUAUGUAUCUCACGAUCAACAAGACAUCAACAUACAGACCUCGACUUCUCAUUCCUCUAGAGCCGGAGUGUUUUUGGACACGGAGGCCGGCAGACUUUCCUUCUACAGUGUUUCUGACACACACACACAUUUGUACACGUUCCUUGUUUCUUUUAAAGAACCUCUCUAUGCUGGAUUUAAGGUGGACAGUGGCACUUUGUCCUUGUGUCAUCUGGAGUAACUUCUGAAGGAAAAAGAAAACAUUCCCCAUGUCAUCUUUAUAUCCUUGCAUUAUUAAUAAUUGCAUUGCUUCUAAUAUUAUAAAGCAGCUAUGAGUAUUAAUAUUUAGCAUUUUACCACAUAGUAUUGAAAUUAGUUAUGCUUAUGAUUGAUAGUCUUAUUUGCUGAUCAAAGCUUAUAUAUGAAUCCACUGCAUAGGGCUUAUAACGUUUUACUUUUAAAGCUCAUGUUUGCAUGAACCUGUGCUGGUUGUGUGUGUUUAACUUGUUGAGUUUCAGAAAGUCAGCUCGGCCAGUCUAUGGGUGAAAAAAGGAUGUAGACAGGACUUGCACAGCCUACGACAGCGAUUUCUGCAAAGGGACUUUUCAAAAGCAUAAGUGAAACUUUCUGUCUGAGGAAACCCACACCAACUCAACUCACAUAAAUAUUUGAAUUAGAGGAAUUGGCGAGUAGUUGCAGCUUGACUGUUGGCAAACAUCAUUGGUUUUGUGUAGUGACAGGGAAAGCUGUGACCGAGAGCUCUGUAAUACUUCAUUUGAGAUUCAUUAAAUGAUUGAACUUUA